UUUCCCCAAGACGAACGUGUUAUGGUUGCAAUAUUUGGUUGACAUUUUGCUCUUGAAGAAAUCAUAUGAUCGAACUUCCAAAGAUGAGAGAGAAUUGCGUUCUCUUAAAAAGCAACUAAACAAUUAUGGUUCAGCUAAAGAAGCAGUGUCGGAUCCUUUCUUCAUCGAUUUGUUUGUUGAUCAUGUCAAUUGA